AUGGGCUGGUACUCUGAGACCUCCUCAGCUUGUAAAAUUCAUCACCUGUUCCUCUGCACUGCUGCCUCGGAGGUAUUCCUCAGCGUGGACCUGCACACGUGUUGUUGUGGGCAUAAAACAGAUGAAGAGGAGGCCUGUUCGGAGCAGAGCUUAUCUGUACAAGGGGAGUCACAGGUCAGGACUUCUAAGAAAGCUCCAGCAACCCAGAGGACCCAUCUCUGUGGGAGGUGUUUCUCUGUGUUCAAAGAUAUUCUGCACCUGACUGAGUCACAGGCAGCAGACUUUGAGCAGAAAGCAUGUGUGAGAGACUUCUGUUUCGGUGCAAACCCUCCCCAUCAACAGAGGGAAGCCAGUGGAGAGAAGCCCUGGAAAGGAGCUGUGGACAGGGCCUCGUUUGUGACCAACUUCAGCUUCUCCUUAUCAGGGCUGCCUUCAACCAGUAGGGAGGUUGGGGGAGACUUCCCAGCCAUCUCAGAGCUUCUCCAGCACCAGGCCCCUCUCACCACUGAGGAACCACACAGUGGCAGUGAGAUUUCAGAGGAAUUUCUCAAUAGAAAAAGGAAUCACCAAUGGGAUGAAUGUGAAAAAGCUGCCAGCCACAACCAGAAAGUUGUUCCUCAGAGUGUCUGCUCUGGAGAAGGGAAUUAUGAGUGUAACAAAUGUGGGAAAGUUUUUAAACGCGUCUCUUACUUCAUUCGGCAUAGGAGAGUUCACACUGGAGAAAAGCCCUUUGAGUGUACCGAUUGUGGGAAGGCCUUCAAUCAAAGGUCUUACUUUACUAGACACCUCAGAGUUCACAGUGGAGAAACGCCCUACGAAUGUAGUGAUUGUGGGAAGUCAUUUAGACAGAUCUCUACCCUCAGUCGACACUAUAGAAUUCACACUGGAGAAAAGCCUUUUGAAUGUGGUGAUUGUGGAAAGUCAUUUAGACAAAGCUCUACCCUCAUUCGACACAAGACGGUUCACACCGGUGAGAAACCUUUUGAGUGUAGUGACUGUGGGAAGUCAUUCGGGCAUAGCAGCUCACUUACUCAGCACCAGAGAGUUCACACCGGUGAGAAACCUUAUCAGUGUGGUGAAUGUGGGAAGUCAUUCAGGUUCUUAUCUACUCUCACACAUCACCAGAGAGUCCACAGUGGAGUCAAGCUCCACGAGUGUACUGAUUGUGGGAAGUUUUUUAGAGAAAGUUUUUCCCUUAUUCGACACCACAGAGUUCACACUGGAGAAAAGCCUUAUGAGUGCAGUGAUUGUGGGAAGUCGUUUAGACAAAGCUCUACCCUUAUUCAACACCAGAGAGUUCACACUGGAGAAAAGCCUUAUCAGUGUGUUGACUGUGGGAAGUCAUUCGGGCAUAGCAGUUCACUUACUCAACACCAGAGAGUUCACACCGGUGAGAAACCUUUUGAGUGUAGUGAAUGUGGGAAGUCAUUCAGGCACUUAACGGCAUUCACACAUCACCAGGGAGUUCACACUGGAGAAAAGCCAUGAGUGUACUGAUUGUGGGAAGUCCUUCAGGCAAAGGUGUACCCUCACUCAGCACAAGAGAGUGGAAAACCUUUUGAAUGUAGGGAUUGUGGGAAAUCUUUCCAUCUAACCUCUGCCCUCAUUCGACACCACAGAGUUCACUCUGGAGAAAAACCUUAAAUGUGCAGGGGAUGUUUUAUCUUCCCCAUUCCCCAGGCAGCUGGCCCCCUGCAAGGACACUGAAGGAGAGACUGACCCA